CGGGAGGGAAAACACGGAAGCGAACAUAACUUUCAUGAACAAGACGGUGCUGAAGCAACUGAAGACAGUUAUUUGAUGCAAUAACGCUGUCGAUACACUAAUUUCCGGGGCCACUAAUAUCUUAGGACCUUGUCUUCAAGCGUUUAUUAACAUUCAGCCAAAGUAAAAUGUCGCUGAGUGCAACGUGUGAGUCGGUCUCUCAGAAAAGGACUCUCUCCAGCCUCCUCGCUGGUCGUGUGGUGAAGAGGCUGAAGCAGGAAGAUGAGCUGCAGCUGCAGGAGGCAGCCAUCCAGAUGUUGGAGCAGCAGCAGAACCUCUGUAGUCUGUUUAGGGAGGUCGGGAAUCCAGAUCCAUGCAACUUCUUGUGCAGUCAGAAUGGAGAGCAGAUGCAGGCAGCUCAUCAAGGCAUCUCAUCUGCUAUUGUGGGGUCACUGCUGGUGUGCGAGCUGAGGCGUCAGGCCAUGCAGCUGGGUCUCCCGGCGGCGGCGCUGUCUGUGAAGAUGGUGCUUGAGCGACUGUUGGAGAUCAGUGGAGCUGCAGAAGAGGACGAGGCCAAGAGGAGACAGCUGUUCACCUCCGCUCAGAGAGUCCAACUGUGUGCCCUGCUGGAGUCCAGCAAAGAGCUGCUUUCACAAGGGGCCCUCUGUCCAAAACUGCUCUGGCAGGAGUAUAGGAGAGAUCAGAGGCUGCCCAAGUUGGAGGUGGUGUACCAUCUUCACAUUUACAGCAUCCUCACACUGAAAUAUGUUUUACAGAGCGACAAAGGCGUGAGGUCGUGGUUGGUAUCUCAGCUGAAGGCUCUGUGCAGAUGGACACCUCCACAAGGAGAAGAGGAGACCAGCAGGACGUCUUGUCAAGGCUUCUGGACACUGUGGACAACAGUGCGACGCUGCAGUCUGCUGGAGCAGGAGUUGAGCUAUGCGUCAGCAGAAGCUGUUCUGCGUUUCUUCACUCACUCCCUCACACAGGCACUCACUUACAAGCCUCGACUAACAGUGUCAGAUGCCAUCGCUCUGCAGAAUGAGUGGACCUUUGCUAAAGCCAGCUGCUUGUUGACAUGUCUGCUCCGUAAGCUGGCGGUGACCUUCAGUGUGGAGCUGCUGCUGCGUCACCUGCGGCAGGUUUUGGAAACCCACGAGGUCAAUUGGAAACAUGUCUUGUGCUUCCUGUCCACUCUGCUGGUUUACAACCCCUGUGCCCAGCCCAACCUCAGAGCACUGCUGUCCAGUCUGUUGAGCUCUGCCUUUGAAGGCUAUGACUUGGAGAACAUGAUAACCGCCUUCCUGCUGGCUCGACAGGGUGCGCUGGAAGGACCUGCUGUCUUCCCCUCUUACAGCGACUGGUUCACAUCCUCCACCCUCCCUAUGUACCUGUGA